AUGGCAAGAAAAUUUUGGCUUUUCGUUGUUGUCGCCAUUACACUGGCAGUGGCUGUAUCCUCGAAACAAGUCUCUGGAACCGACAAUGAGUGGUAUUCCAAGACUCCUAGCAAAAUCAGAUUGCACUCUUACAACUUCCUUCAAGAACGGCAUCAAGACAGCGUCGUCAAAAAGGUUUUGCAAAUUAAAAAGCCCUUCAGCAAAAUAUUGUUUGAUCAUGUACUCAGCUUACCGAUACGCGAGGAAGUGAUUAAAACCAUGUUUGUACGGGGAAUUGCUCACGGAACACUGCGAUCGAGUUACUAUCUUGACUACACGAUCCAAGAUAUUGCCUACCUCGCUAAUGCAGCCAGAGCUUACGACGACGCUGCCCAGAUGAUGCAAGAACAAGGAAAUAAUGAUUUUGCAUUAUUUUACCGGAAACAGGCUCAGAAGUUCGACGUAUACAACAAAGAUGCGCUCUCGAACUUGCGACUUAAAAAUGCUGACAAUGUGAAAACUGGUACGGCAAUCGAGAUGUACAUGGGUUAUCACAAGGCUUUGGUCAAAACCAAUCCAAGAUUCCUUCCAAUAGUCAUGUUGCCUUGCUCCAUGCUUUAUCCUUGGGUUGUUCGUCAGUUCAUUGGUACAAUUAACAAGCAAAGCCCGUACUAUGAAGACUGGUUUGUGAAGAACAGUCUUGAAGAGGAUAACCCAAGUUCAACGGAGCUAUUUGUCGACACCAAAUUCACUCGAUAG